GUUGGGAUGAGCGCAGAGUGGACGCGCUAACAUGAAAUACGUACUCACAAUACACACACAUACGGCCGGAUUGUGAGUCCAAGAUCUGCUUGAACACAUCGCAAUGGACGGAACCGAAACCCGUCAAACUUUAGGAAGGUAACCCGGAGUUAUGGCGCACAAGAGACCGGCUGUCAAAUAUCCUGCCGCCGCACACAUGGACUGACCUACAGUCAGUUACUCUUCAAUAUUUCUGAAUUUUACUGUCAGUAAGUGAGUAUAUGUAUACUCAGAGAUGUCUGGCUCAAAUCUGAUUGGUCGUGUGAGGUCAGCGUUCCGCCGGCAGCCGGACAGCUGGCAUCUCAGUGACACAGCCACAUUUGAUUUCUCUGAUGAGCUGGACGAUAAUGACAUGCCGAAGUUCAACCGUCUAAAGGUGGUUGUGUCCGGAGAGGGGGAUGAGCUCCCCGUGGCAGCUCUCAAUGGCUCGGCGGUCAACACGGUGUUGGUGGACGAUGACGACUCCCUGCUGGGCACAUCGUCGAGUCUAGGGAGCCCAGCCUUGACAACAGACCCAUGCGAGAGCUGCAGGACAACAAGAGAACACAAAAAACGCAAGAGGGUCAUGAGGAAAUUGGGUUUUGCUGCGCUGUUGUACUUCUUGUUCAUGGUGGGUGAGCUGAUAGGUGGGUAUGUGGCGAACAGUCUGGCCAUCAUGACUGAUGCGCUGCACAUGUUGACAGAUCUCAUUGGGAUUAUAGUGUCACUGCUGGCGCUCUGGCUGUCCGCUAAACCACCAACAUACAGAUUCACAUUCGGCCUCCAUCGGCUUGAGGUGUUGUCUGCAGGUAUUAGUGUGUUGCUGAUCUAUAUUUUGACGGGUGUGUUAGUGAAUGAAGCUGCACAGAGGACCAUUCAUCAAGAUUUUACAAUAGAUGGAGAUGUGAUGUUGAUCACUGCUGCGGUUGGCGUCGCCGUUAAUCUGGUGAUGGGGCUUCUCCUCAACCAAACAGGACAUCUUCACUCUCACUCUCAUGGCCACACUCACUCACAUGGGUCACCAGGUCGAGGUCAGGAUCAAGGUCAGCGGGGUCAUGGGAGCCUGGCAGUGCGAGCGGCAUUCAUCCACGCUCUGGGUGAUCUCGUUCAGAGUGUGGGCGUUCUCAUUGCUGCAUACAUCGUCAGGUUUAAGCCUGAGUAUAAGCUGGCAGAUCCAGUGUGUACGUACCUGUUCUCUGUGCUGGUGCUGUUCAGCACAUUCCAGAUCAUCAGAGACACCGGAAUAAUUCUACUGGAGGGCGUGCCGCGUCAUGUGGAUGUGGCAUGUAUCAGAGCUGACCUGCUGAAGCUGCAGCACGUGGAGCGCGUGGAGGAACUCAAGCUCUGGGCUCUGACAGCUGAUAAAACCGCAGUGAUUGUUCACCUGCAACUCGGUCGUGACGUUGGCUACUGUUUGUACAUCUGUCUCCAUUGUGUGUUCAGCACCAGGAAUUAUGGGUAACUGGGAGGAAGUGCAGUGGAAUGCGAGGCGCCUGCUGAUGAAGUCACACGGGGUGACGCACUGUACGGUGCAGAUGCAGACAGAGGGGGCGCCACAGUCCUGCACACACUGUCUCGCAGAGAGUGCCUAAAAACAGUAAUGUUGUCUGUCUCUCUCUCUCUCUCUCUCACACACAGACACAUCUAUACAGGAUGAAAGAGAGAGAGUGUGUAAACUGCUAUGUCGACCCAGCAGGGUUUUACUGAUUGUCUAGCAGCUUUUUCUAUAAUGAAUAUUGACCUCAUUUUUGAUUCUGUUUUUGAUUUUAGUUUAGAUUCUGUCUGUCACUGAGGAACACUUACAGCUGGAGCGUGUGUUCUGAUGUCUGAUGUGUGGGGGGUUCUGGGUGAAUCUAAUGAAGAACAUAUCCAGGUCAUAUUCAACCUUAAAAUGAAAAGGGCAAAAUGAGAAGUUAUAUAUUGCACAAAGAAAAUGAAGCCUAAUUUUAGGAUUUUUAUUUUUGUAUUGUGACAUUAUUUUCAUGGCAAUUUAAUUAAAGCAGAUUCCCGUUACAAUAAUUUAAUAAAAUAUUUGUCAUUACAGGAAUGAAUCCAGAUGAUUUGUGUAUUUUUUAUGUUUUUUAAUUUUCAUUAUUGUCAGUGGAUAUUCUCAUUUUUAUUAAAAUUGUCAUAAAUUAAAGGCAGUACAGCAAAUGCAACCUUGAUGCACCAAUAUUUUAUGGACAAAAAAUACAACAAUUUAAAUAAUAAUGAGAAUUUUGGGGGAGAUUUCUUAUCUCUUUCUUUUGAUUUUAAAUGUAAAAUAUGAUCUGCAUAGGUUUUUUUACGGGUAAAAUAAUCAGAAUCUUCCAUGUGCAUGUGUUUUCCCUGUGAGUGUGUGCAUUCUCGUAUUUCUGGACUGGCAUGACCUGCUGUUGAGUUAUUUUUCAAGACUAGACAAUAAAUAUUAAGUAUGUUUGGAAAUAAUUAACAAGUGACAUAGAUAGUUUGACCAAACUGACUGUAGUUUUCGCACCACACUAACAGGUUUGUUUUUGUGAUUUAAUAAUUUACUUUAGAUAUUUAGAGUGUCAACAACAAAAGCUAAAGAUUGAAUAUAAAAUUAUUUAAAUAUCAAUAAUGAGUUCCAUCAGUGUUAAGCCUUUUUGUUAUUUUUAUAGACUUUUGUUUGUUUGUUUUUCUUUUAGAUUAUUGGAAAUAAAUCUUGCAGUAAUGUGAAGGUUAAUUACCACAUUUCUUUUUGUUUGCAUUAUUUGUUUUGUUUUAUUUGGGUCUGUGUGCCUGAGGGCAUGUGAAUGCUUUAUUUGAUUUAUUUACACUGAAGCGCUUGAUAACUUGUAAUAAAUAGAUUUUAAAUAGAUUGGGCCGGGUCCAAAAGGGGGUGACACUUCCACACAUGGUUAGGUUAGGUAUGUAUCUUUGAUGGUGGUUUGGAGCUCCUGCCCUUUUUUUGGAGCUCUGCUUGCAGCUGUACCCUUCUCUAACAAUGCAGGACUUGGGGAGAUGGGGAAGUAGGACAGCAAUCAUUAGUGGUGUUUAAGUCAACACUUCACUUUAUAACUGUUUUUCAUAGUUAGUGAUUAUAUAUUAUGUAAUCUGUAUUAUGGUCUGUUUAAUGACUGUAAUUGGAUGAUGUCACAGUAAGAUGUGUUGCAGUCAAAGUGAUGUCUAUAUGGGACAAAUGUGUGAAUUCAGCAGAGCUUCAGCUGCAUUUGCUGGGCAAUCAUCUUUUAUAGAAGGUGGCUUACAUGCAGUUGUAAGUUCAGUCCUGUUUCAAGGACAGCAAUGACGCUGUAGGGGGUUUUAGUCACUUACUAACACUGUCAACAGAAAGUGAUGUCACACAAGAACUGACACCGAAAUCGAGCAGGCUGAUGAUUUAAGUUUCGACUCACUGUGAACUUUAACAAAAAUGUUUGUUGCAUGAUUGCACUGUCCAAAACUAGUUUAUAAAUGCAGGUUUCUUAAAAGUGCAUGUGGUCUGUCAUUUUUCCAGUGUUCAUUUGUCCUUGUUGUCUCAUAAGGAAAUGUGAUUAUGAACUGCACAUUCAGUCACAUGACUGGCGGCAUCACCAUGUAAUACUUAGUCACGUACACUCAAAUGAACAGAGACACACCCAAAGCAGAUUUCAUUCACCUCAUUCUUGUGUAACAAAUAAUUAACAGACGUGUGGUGUGAUGGGGAAGUACAUAAAAAUGAUAAAGGGGAUUUCUUGUAGAGGGUGUGUGUUUAUGAGAAGGAGGAAGUUUCAGAUAAUGUUGAAUGUGUGAAUGUAUCUACAGCAGCAGUUAUAGAAAGUUAUUGAAUGCUUAAUGAUUGUAGGUGAAAGUGUUGAGCUGCAGUUAUCACAUAUAAAUCACAUUAAACCAUCAGCCUCUUUAUGAUUGUUCUGAAUUGAACUGGGUUCUUCUGGAGGUGAACAUUUAAACUCCAGCACAGUGAAAAGAGACUGUAUUAGCGUGAAUUAAACUGCUUUAUUUGUGUUUAAUUAGAGAUUCAAACCUCUGUGAACAGGACAAAUCUGAGCGUCAUCAUAAUGAAGAGCAGAGACAUUCAGAGACAAUGACCUCGCAGACGUGCACUGCUCGAUUUCCUCUGUAAUCACAUCAGUGAUGAUGACUCAUACUGUCGACAAGUUUGAUUUA